AACCUGAUUGGACAGAGCGUGGCCGACGCCUUCUGACGAGCAGCCAAUCGUUCCGUCAGCACUGGCCGGUUCCGGUACAUCCUCUGACACGACCCACGGGGUCUGCCCGGGUAGUCGACCUACCCCUCACGCGGAGCUGUACGGCUGCCAUUCAACAACAAUAACAACACAAACUCGCGCCGGGGACCCCAGUCAGCUUGAAAGCCAGCAGCCGGUAGUGUCUAACGUCUUGUUUUGAGUGUUUUGACGGCCACGAGAAAAAAGUCCAAGGAUGGAUCCGCUGGUUGCCGCGAUUGACCAGGGCACGAGCUCGACGAGGUUUCUGGUGUUUAAUGCAAAAACAGCUGAACUGAUGAGUCACCACCAAGUAGAGAUCAGCCAGAGUUUCCCCAAAGAGGGCUGGGUGGAGGAGGACCCCAAGGAGAUAAUGCAGUCUGUCUAUGAGUGCAUGCAGAGGACUUGUGAGAAACUCUGCCAGCUCAACAUCGACAUCUCCAACAUAAAAGCGGUCGGGGUGACCAACCAGAGAGAGACGACCCUGGUUUGGGACAAAGAGACCGGAGAGCCACUCUACAACGCCAUUGUUUGGCUGGACCUGCGCACGCAGUCAACAGUGGAGCGGCUCAUCAACAAAACUCCGGGACAAAACAAGAACCACCUCAAGCACAAGACAGGCCUUCCCAUCAGCACCUACUUCAGUGCAGUGAAGCUACGUUGGCUGCUGGACAACGUGGAUGAAGUGCGCCAGGCGGUGCUGAGUGAGCGCGCCAUGUUUGGCACAGUGGACUCCUGGAUCAUCUGGUGCCUGACGGGGGGCAGGAACGGAGGGGUCCACUGUACAGACGUCUCAAAUGCCAGUCGCACCAUGCUCUUCAAUAUUCACACCAUGGACUGGGACCCUGAACUCUGCAGGUACUUCGAUGUCCCAAUGGAAAUCCUCCCCAAAGUCAGAAGCUCCUCUGAAAUAUACGGCUGGAUGAAAUCCAGCGCUCUCGCAGGAGUUCCCAUCUCGGGGUGUCUUGGUGACCAGUCGGCUGCCCUGGUUGGUCAGAUGUGCUUCAAGGAAGGCCAGGCCAAAAACACGUAUGGGACUGGUUGCUUCCUGCUCAGAAAUACCGGGACCACGCCUGUGAUUUCAGACCACGGCCUGCUGACCACAGUUGCCUACAAACUGGGAAAAGACGAGCCUGCCUGCUAUGCACUGGAGGGUUCAGUGGCCAUCGCAGGGGCAGUGGUACGGUGGCUGAAGGACAACAUGGGCAUUGUGCAGUCUUCCUCAGAGAUCGAGAAGCUAGCAGCUGCAGCAGGCUCGUCUUACGGCUGUUACUUUGUGCCGGCUUUCUCCGGGCUCUAUGCCCCCUACUGGGAGCCCAGUGCAAGAGGCAUCAUCUGUGGGCUCACUCAGUUCACCAACAGGAGCCACUUGGCUUUUGCUGCCCUUGAGGCCGUCUGCUUUCAGACCAGAGAGAUCCUGGAUGCGAUGAACCAGGACAGCGGUGUCCCUCUGACACAGCUGCAGGUGGAUGGAGGCAUGACGUCCAACAGAUUACUGAUGCAGCUGCAGGCUGACAUCCUCUGCAUGCCCGUAGUGCGACCCACCAUGUCCGAGACCACGGCUCUGGGUGCAGCCAUGGCAGCGGGGGCAGCAGAGGGGGUGGAAGUGUGGAGCCUGAGCCCCGGUCACCUCCCACACGUCACGUGUGAGAAAUAUGAGCCUCAGAUCAACUCUGACGAGAGUGAGUUCCGCUUCGCUCGGUGGAAGAAAGCCGUCCAGCGAGCCAUGAACUGGGAGACCACAGAGCCUUGCUGCAAUGCCAACGGUUUAGGAAAGAAGAUGAACGGCGCCCCCUGGGGGGUCCCUCCUACUCCUGCCCCCUCCAGAGUGGACCCCUAAGAUCACCAGCAGUAAAUGUGGUCCAAAACCUUCAUGGGGAACAUGGAAGCCUACUAUGGAGCAAGACUGGAAGACGGAAUGUGCUCACAGUGAAUAAAGGACUUGACUUGACAUGAGGCAAUAUGCAGUCGGGUGAUGCAUAGCCUUCUGGAUGUAGUAUUCCAUGGCUGAAACCUCAAGUGCCAGCUGGAAUGAAUGAAGAGUGAGACGUGUGAACUUGGUGCUUUUUAAAGCAACUAUGGAACCAUUUUUGAUGGAAUUUGUCGUCCUUUUCUGAAAAAGAAAAAGUGUUCUUAAACCAUCCUUUGAAACCUAUGAAUGUGCCUUCUUCAACUUGUAUAGUAAAGCUUAGGGAAAAUCAAGUGGUAGUCUGAAGUAAAGAGUCGCACUAUUGUACCUCCUCACUGUAACAAAACGGGAUUACUGUACGGUUAGUUUUUUUACCGUUUGUUCUGUACAUAGUGUUGCUGUUUGUACUUUGUUCUUCUAAAUUUGGGAUGUAUGAGAUCCAAACAACUGUGAACAGAUGACUUAUUCAGUUCUUGAAAAUGGCUACUGCUCAUCUUACCUCAUGUUAAAGUGGGGUUUAUUCUUGGAGGAACUUAAAGGGACAGUUCACCCUAAAAUGAAAAAAUACAUAUACAGUGGUGUGAAAGUGUUUUCCCCCUUCCUGAUUUCUUAUUUUUUUGCAUGUUUGUCACACUUAAAUGUUUCAGAUCAUCAAACAAAUUUAAAUAUUAGUCAAAGAUAACAAGUAAACACAAAAUGCAGUUUUUAAAUGAAGGUUGUUAUUAAGGGAGAACAAAAUCCAAACCUACAUGGCCCUGUGUGAAAUAGUGAUUGCCCCCUAAACCUAAUAACUGGUUGGGCCACCCUUAGCAGCAACAACUGCAAUCAAGCGUUUGCGAUAGGGUUUUGAGCAUGAACUACCAUUUUAAGGUCAUGCCUGGCUCAAUCCAAGAUAAGAACAGAAUGAAGACUUUGGAGUGCCCUGGUCAAAGUCGUGACCUGAAUCCUAUUGAGAUGCUGUGGCAUGACCUUUAAAAAGGCAGUAACAACCUUAAUAACAACCUUCAUUUAAAAACUGCAUUUUGUGUUUACUUGAGUUAUCUUUGACUGAUAUUUAAAUUUGUUUGAUGAUCUGAAACAUUUAAGUGUGACAAACAUGCAAAAAAAAUACAAAAUCAGGAAGGGGGCAAACACUUUUUCACACCAGGAACUAGAAAACUCAGCAACUCGCACCAAAACAAUCGAGAUGAAUAAAUAGCACUACAGCUAAGAGGAAAAAUUGUUUCCCAUUAUUCAGAACUGACGUCAAGCUCACACUUUGCAGGCUCGCAACAGCACUUUAUAAUUUAUCCUGUGUAUGGAAAAGAUGAUUGUGGGAGCCAUGGAGGUUUUUAACGGGGAAUAGUGUUUUUUUAGCCAAUUGUUUUUAGGAUGGAUUUUAAAAGUUCAUCAUUACUGAGGUCAGUGCUAAGACUAUAGGGAAACCCCUCAUCACAUCUGUCCAUUAAGAUAAGUCAAAGCAACAGAGUACAUUUUAAUUCUAUUCAUAAACAAUUUAUAUUUAUUCAGUCAUAUGUAAGGACAGGUUUUUCAGAUCCGAGUGAUCGUACACACCCACUGACGGAAAUCUUGGAGUUCACUUUUUCAGAAUGAACUCGUCUGAAGAUUAAGUGACAUUUUAUGAAAGUUCAACAUUUUAUUCAGAUUUUUCAGCAUUUAAAGAGAACAUUUGAUUACUGUAUUCAUUUCUGGUGAUUAAUAACUGACUGGCUGUAAUUUACUUAAAACGGUGUGUGUUCAACUUUUUAAUGUGUAUCUAAUUAUCCCAGAUCCUAUUAGCAUGCCUGCCAGUUGUUUUUCUGUCAUUUGACAAGAUGUGUAGCAAGUCCUUCAGCUAUGCAGGAAUGUAUAGAUGCUGUAAGAAAUGUAAUUAAAACCUGACUUGUAUAAUAAAAAUGAGUACAUCAGCACCUCA